CUUGUCUAGUCUCCCUGUUUUGUGUUGUGUUGCGAAUGCGAAUUUCAAUUUAUGUUUUUAGUGUUUUCAAGUUUUGAGACAUAGAUGUUAUAUAUUUAUUUUGAAACAGAUUAGUUGCAUAUUACGUAAUAAAAUAAAAAUGCCGAAUUGGAAUCAAAUACAAGCCCAACUACGGCAUCCUGCUAAUCCUGUUGUAUUUUUUGAUGUUUCUGUAGGGACGACUGAAAUUGGUCGUAUGAUAUUUGAAUUAUUUGCUGAUGUUGUUCCAAAAUCUAGUGAAAAUUUUAGACAAUUUUGUACAGGAGAAUUUAGAAAAGAUGGUGUUCCCUUGGGUUAUAAAGGAGCAAGUUUCCAUAGAGUAAUUAAAGAUUUUAUGAUCCAAGGUGGUGAUUUUGUUAACGGAGAUGGUACAGGCGUUAUGAGUAUAUAUGGUGGUGGCACAUUUGCAGAUGAAAAUUUUACAUUGAAACACGAUUCACCAGGACUUCUUUCAAUGGCAAAUAGCGGGAAAGAUACUAAUGGUUGUCAGUUUUUUAUUACUUGCUCUAAAUGCAAUUUUUUAGAUGGAAAACAUGUAAUUUUUGGUAGAGUCAUAGACGGUCUGCUAGUAAUGAGGAAAAUCGAAAAUGUACCAACAGGUCCUAAUAAUAAACCCAAAAUCCCCGUGACUAUUAUACAAUGUGGACAGAUGUAACAAAAUACUGAAUUUAACUAAAAAUUCUCCAAUAAUCUAGAUUGUUCUAAUUUGAUGUUCAGACAAGCAAAAAUCAAUAUACAUUCUUUUAAAUAAAAUAAAAAUAUUUUCCAUUUGGCCGAAACAAGGUGCAACCUUUAUGGGGGCCACUGGCAUUUUUGGAAUAAUUAUGCAAGAAAUGAAAGCAAAAGAUGGAAAAUGGUGGCAUUUGAAAAAUUAAAACUAGUGUAGAAUAUUUUUACCAGGAAAAUUUUUCAUGUCUAUCUACAUUUGCUUGGAACUUUUUUGUUACAAUUUGGUGUAUCGCCCUGCAUAGUUUAUUACUUAGCAACAAAAAAUUCCGAUAGUUUUUUUUAAGAAGUUUUUUGUACAUGAUAUGUCAUAGGAUUAUGUUUUAGCCACAAAACGUCCAUCAAUUUUUGAUAGAUAUUUAUUAACAUUCAGUUACUAGUUUUGUAGAAAAAAACAACUUGAUUACCGUCAAUUUGUUUUACUGGUCAUGUA